AUGUUUCCAUUUUGCCUCUCAAAGACCACGCCGUAUUUGCGACACAAUGCCUUAAUUUCCUUUGUCUUGUAUUUGACAAACUCAGCAACCAUAGGCAUAGGCAUCGGUACUUGCAACAAAAGGGCUGAUGACAUCAACUUCAUGUUCUCGAAUAUGACACAACUUCUCAUUCCCAGGUUCUCAGAAGCAUAG